CUGAGCUGUUCUUUGCGUAACUGUGUGUUUUGUCUCUGUGGGUUUAAGUUUUCAAGGAUAAAGAUGCAGACGCCGGCAGAAUCAGUAAUCCAUAGUGGCUAUUUCCAUCCAACGCUCCGUUACUGGCAGACCUGUGCAGCCGAUCUCAGACCAGACAAUCUCAUCUACCCAAUAUUCAUCACAGACAGUGCAGAUGCAGUGGAGCCCAUUGAUAGCAUGCCAGGACAGGCAAGAUAUGGGGUGAAUAAGCUGGAGGAAAUGUUGGGGCCACUCGUUGAAAAUGGCUUGAAGUGUGUGCUGAUCUUUGGUGUCCCGGCAAAAAUAAAAAAGGAUGACAGGGGUUCGGGUGCUGACACCGAUGACACGCCAGCUGUGCUAGCGGUUAAAAAAAUCAGACUUUUGUUCCCGGAGAUGCUUGUGGCCUGCGAUGUUUGUCUCUGCCCCUAUACGUCACAUGGACACUGUGGAAUCCUGAACAAUGACGGCACCCUGAACAAUGACAAAAGCUGUCUGCGUUUGGCAGAAGUAGCACUGGCUUAUGCACGGGCUGGUUGUCACAUCAUCGCUCCCUCUGACAUGAUGGAUGGAAGAGUUCGAGCAAUAAAAGAAUUUCUGCUGUCUAACGGCUUAGGAAACAAGGUGUCAGUACUGAGCUACAGUGCAAAGUUUGCCUCUUGCUAUUAUGGUCCUUUCAGGGAUGCUGCACAGUCUAAGCCUACAUUUGGAGAUAGGCGGUGCUACCAGCUGCCCCCUGGAGCCAGAGGACUUGCUAUUCGUGCUGUGGAGCGAGAUGUGAGAGAGGGAGCGGACAUGGUGAUGGUGAAGCCAGGUCUGCCAUACCUGGACAUCAUGAGGGAGGUCAAAGAUAAGUUUCCAACUCACCCCCUGGCGGUGUAUAACGUGUCGGGGGAGUUUGCAAUGAUAUGGCAUGGAGCGAAUGCUGGGGCAUUUGAUUUACGGGCUGCUGUGAUGGAAGCCAUGACCGCCUUCCGCAGAGCAGGUGCUGAUAUAAUCAUCACCUACUACACCCCUCAGCUGCUCACCUGGCUCAAGGAAUAAAGCACUAGGGGCUGAAGCUAAAGGAUGGAUAAAAAUAAGAGUGGAUCAGCAGCACUUUGAAGAUGCAAAACGUUCUGGUGACUCAGUCAUUGUAUUUUAUUUACUGAAAGCAACCAAUCUUUUUUAGGAUAUUCAGACAACGCAAACCUACUUUUCUCUUUACCUUUUGAAAGGGCUGAAAAUUGUUGUUUGUGUCUUUGUUUUUCUAACAGAGAAGGUCAGUCCUGAAUAAUGUUUAGUUUAAAUGAGAGCUCAAAUCUAUCAAAUCUAUCUUCACUGAACUUAUGAUCUACAUAUUUGUAUGAGUCAUGAUUAAAUGUCUAUGACAGCUGCUUGAGGGAUUUUAAAAUCAUGCUAAAUUCCACUCGAGUUAGUGGAUAAUAAAUUCCUUCAAAUCUC